UAUCUACAGUACACUGAGUGCCAGCUCUCAGGUCUAUAUAAAGGAUGAUGAGAGCACCAAUUCUCAAUAUCAGAAGAGAUUCUACAUAAAGUCUCUCAGAUAACUUUACUGUGUUGAACUUGCAUUCACUAUGAUUCGUCUAAUUCUACUCCUGGCGGCCGCCUGCGUUAUGGCAUAUGGAUGUCCCAGUAUCAUCAGUAAGUCAACCUGGAGUACAAGAAAUACAAACUGCAGAGAUGCAUUAAAAACUCCGGUCCCUUGGGUGAUCAUCCAUCAUACAGUCACCCCGACCUGCACGUCAACAGCUGCUUGCACCACACAGCUGAGGAACAUUCUAGACUAUCACACCCGUACUAAUAAAUGGUGUGAUAUUGGUUACAACUUUCUCAUUGGCAAUGACGGCAACAUAUAUGAAGGUCGUGGCUGGUCAAAAGUUGGGGCUCAUGCCAAAGGUUCCAACUCUAUAUCCAUUGGGAUUGCUUUUAUUGGAGACUUUCAGAAGGGUCUUCCAUCUCAAGCCGCCAUAAACGCAGCCAAACUUCUCAUCCAAUGUGGGGUCAGCCUCAAGAUGAUCGAAAACAAGUACACCCUGAAGGGUCAUCUCGAUGUCUUCAGCACUGCGUGUCCUGGAAAUGAAUUAUAUAAUAACAUCAAAACAUGGCCCAGGUUCAAGGCUGGCAAGCAGUCAUUGCCAUAGGGAUCAAUGCAUACUGCAAGAAUUGUAGCAGAAUAAAGCUGCACGCUGCACUUA